AAAAUAGGGCUCAGGUUUAACUUAACCUAAGCAUUAUUUACUGUACAGUGAACCCACCCAACUCCCCAUAAAACAAAGCUGAGAAAGCAAGCAUACUAAAUUUUACAAACAAAAAAAGCACUUAUAAUUCCACACCUCAAUCUCCAAUUCCACCACCACCGUCGCUGCCGCAACAUUAUGACACCAUGACAAUGUCCGCCGACCACCACCCUCAACAACCCACCAACCCGAAUCCACCCACUACAGUCCGAAAACUCGUGGUAGAAGUAAUUGAGGCUCGGGACCUUCUUCCAAAAGAUGGACAAGGAAGCUCUAGUCCGUAUGUGAUGGUAGAUUUUGAUGGGCAAAAGAGGAGGACAUCGACAGUGUACAAAAAUCUCAACCCAGUAUGGAAUGAGGCCUUGGAGUUCAUUGUAUCGGACCCGAAGACCAUGGAGUUUGAGGAGCUAAAUGUUGAAGUUUAUAAUGAUAAGAAGCAUAGCAAUGGAAAUGCAAGGAAAAAUCAUUUUCUGGGGAGGGUGAAACUGUACGGGACCCAAUUUGCGAAGAGAGGUGAUGAGGGAUUGGUCUAUUUUACACUGGAGAAGAAGAGUGUGUUUAGCUGGAUUAGAGGAGAAUUGGGAUUAAAAAUAUAUUAUUAUGAUGAGAUUUUAGAGCAGGGCUCGCCACCACAAGAGCAGCAGCAGCAUCCACCGCCGCCGCAAGAGCAGCCGCAGGUGUCGGAGGAAGUGACAAAAAAACCAGUUGUAAUGGUUUACGAGGAGCCGCCGCCGACUCACAUUGCAAUGGGGACGCGGGAGCCUUCGCCGCCGGUGCAUCAUCAUGAGCCUCCAGGGGAGACGGUAAUUGGGCCUACUGCUGAAGGUAUUCCGGCCGUGGGGGAAGUCAGAAGAAUGCAGAGGGGAGGAGAGAGAGGGAAGAUUUUUCGGCGACCUGCGAAUGGAGAUUACUCCCCGAGAAUUAUCCCCGGGAAGUUUGCCGGAGACACGUCGGAGAGAAUUGCGGCCUACGAUUUGGUCGAGCAUAUGCAGUAUUUGUUCAUCCGAAUUGUUAAAGCACGUGGGCUCGCCCAGAAUGAACAUUCUUGUGUGAAAAUUCGCACUUCAGGCCAUGUUGUACAGUCCAAACCGUCGAUGAAUCGACCAGGCGAUUCAUCUGCAAAUCCUGAGUGGCACCAGGUUUUCGCCAUACCCUACAAUAAAGAAAAUACAGCAAAUUCCCCACUCGAAAUAUCAAUCUGGGACGCCUCGUCGCAGAAAUUCCUUGGCGGGGUGUGUUUCGACCUCUCUGAUGUUCCGGUUCGGGACCCACCGGAUAGCCCGUUGGCUCCGCAAUGGUACCAUCUCGAAGGCGGUACAGUCGGUGAUCCAAACAGAGAAAUCUCUGGUGAUUUACAGCUCUCUGUUUGGAUUGGAACUCAAGCAGAUGAUGCGUUUCCUGAGUCAUGUGGCCCCGAUGCUCCAUCUCCACAUGUAUCUUAUACGCGCCCAAAAGUUUAUCAGUCACCAAAACUUUGGUACUUGAGAGUAACAGUUAUUGAAGCUCAGGAUCUUCAUUUAACACCGAAUCUUCCUCCGUUAACUGCGCCAGAGAUUCGUGUGAAGGUUCAGCUCGGGUUUCAGUCGGUUCGGACUCGACGGGGUUUAAUGAGCCACCAUACUUCUGCAUUUCACUGGAACGAGGAUAUAAUCUUAGUUGCAGGGGAGCCACUUGAAGAUAGUCUCAUUUUGUUAGUGGAGGAUCGGACUGGGCAAGACCCAAUGCUGCUCGGGCACGUCCUGAUUCCUGUCGGGUCUAUCGAGCAGCGAUUGGACGAGCGCCACGUGCCGGCCAAGUGGUAUGGUCUCGAAGGUGGUCCAGGUGGCAGUGGAUCCUAUUGUGGGAGGCUACAUUUGAGGAUGUGCUUGGAAGGAGGGUACCAUGUUCUUGAUGAAGCAGCUCAUCUUUGCAGUGAUUUUACACCCACUGCUAAGCAGCUUUGGAAGCCUGCAGUUGGGGUUUUGGAGCUUGGAAUACUCGGUUCUCGUGGCCUAAUGCCGAUUAAACCCAUGGGCAAUGGGAAAGGAUCUACUGAUGCUUAUUGUGUUGCCAAGUACGGGAAAAAAUGGGUUCGAACCCGGACUAUUACAGAUAGCUUGGAUCCAAGGUGGAACGAGCAAUACACAUGGCAAGUGUAUGAUCCUUGUACUGUCCUCACCAUUGGUGUGUUCGACAAUUGGCGUAUGUUUGCCGAGGCAGGGGAGGAGAGGUUAGAUUAUCGUUUAGGAAAAGUACGUAUAAGAGUUUCUACCUUGCAGAGUAACAAGGUUUACAUGAAUUCAUAUCCUUUGAUGGUGUUGUUGUCGGGAACAGGUUUGAAGAAGAUGGGGGAGAUUGAGUUGGCAAUUCGGUUUGCAUGUCCAUCAUUGCUGCCUGAUACGUGUGGUAUUUACGGGCAGCCUUUGCUUCCAAGAAUGCACUAUCUCCGCCCCCUUGGCGUGGCUCAGCAGGAGGCAUUGCGUGGCGCUGCAACCAAAACGGUUGCUGCGUGGUUGUCUAGGUCUGAGCCACCAUUAGGGCCGGAGGUUGUCAGGUACAUGUUAGACGCAGAUGCGCAUACUUGGAGUAUGCGGAAAAGUAAGGCUAAUUGGUUCCGAAUAGUGGCCGUGCUUUCUUGGGCAGUUGGGUUGGCAAAAUGGUUGGAUCAUAUACGACGGUGGAGGAAUCCUCUUACCACCAUAUUAGUCCAUGUUCUGUACCUAGUUCUAGUAUGGUAUCCGGAUUUAAUUGUCCCAACGGGAUUCUUGUAUGUGUUUCUAAUAGGAGUUUGGUAUUAUCGGUUUAGGCCUAAAAUACCCGCAAGCAUGGAUGUCAAAAUAUCUCAAGCUGAAAUGGUUGAUCCGGAUGAACUAGAUGAAGAAAUGGAUACAAUGCCAAGUUCAAGACCGCCUGAAAUUAUUCGUGUUCGUUACGACAGAUUGAGAAUGUUAGCAGCAAGAGUUCAAACAGUUUUGGGAGACUUUGCAACACAAGGUGAAAGGGUCCAGGCCCUGGUCAGUUGGAGGGACCCUAGAGCCUCAAAAUUGUUCAUCGGAGUGUGCUUCAUAAUAACGGUGGUUUUGUACACUGUGCCUCCCAAAAUGGUGGCAGUGGCCCUCGGAUUCUAUUUCCUCCGCCACCCGAUGUUUAGGGACCCCAUGCCCUCUGCUAGUUUGAAUUUUUUCAGAAGGCUUCCCAGUUUGUCUGAUAGGUUACUGUAGCGUAGGCAGAAAAUUGACAACAAUUUUUCACAUUGUGGAAUCUCUGUCGAGAAAUGGUUCGAGGUGUGAAACAACUUGUUGAGCAUUUUUUUCCCAGAAAAAAUGGUUUUGAUUGUUAAUAAUAAUAACCUCGGAAGAAGUGAAAAGGCAAGAAAAUUGGGGCCUUUUUGCAUUUGAGUUCAUUGACUAAGUGUUGAAAUAAGGAAAAGGAAGAGGAAAAAGUUGGGUUUGUGGGAAAGAAAAAUUUGAAAUGACAGAAUUCUUGCUGUAUUUUUGUCCUUUAAAGCAUUAACAUCGAUUUGUAAUCAUAUUUACUUUUGUUGUAUGUACAGUAUUUCAUUAUAUGAAUUGAGCUUUGCAAUUAAAUA